AUGAUUAAAGUAUGGUUCCAACGGGAUCAAAACAUUCCAAUGAAAGCCAAUAUUGAUCCUGAUUCAGAUAUCGACGAUUUAAAACAAAAUAUUUUUGAUACAAUUAAUACAGGACGAUAUCAGACAACGUAUAACGGCCAACCAUUGAAACCAUCGACGAAAGUUCCACAGAAUACAACUGAUGAUAUGCCAAUUAUAUUUACUAAAAUUCCGAAAUCGAAGCAGCGGACAUGA